AGUGUUAGCAUUUACUGCAAUCGGAGAUGGUCCGUUAAGUGUUGCCGAGGUUAAGCAAACACUGGAAGACGGUAAGUUUUUGUUUGGCAUCUAUGCUAGUGACGUUACAUUGAAAUACACUGCUGCGGCCUGUAUACACAUUAUAUUGACGGCUUUCUUCAUUUUAUUUAAAAACUUCGAUUUAUAUGUGCGACAAUUUGCCUUUAUUACUUUAUUUCAUAGACAGACGUUUUUGUGUGGUAAAAUUUUUUACAUGCUUGAUAUUUUGCCAUGUACUUUUUAUUUUCUUUAAUUUCAUGAAAGGUAAAAUUGUAUCGUAACGCAGAAGGUUUAUGUCCUCUCAUUAGUUUAUUUAAAGAUGUAAAACAUCGCUCCUUAAGAAUUUUUUCUGGUAGACUUUUGAAUACGGUGAACAAGGCAUGGUGUUUUGAUUUGUGUUUUGUUUUGUUUUGUGUUGUUUUUAUUUUUGUUUUUGUGCCCAUUGUGCUUGUAAGUCCGCAACACCUUCCCCAAAUCCCUCAGGGUUUUCAAAAUACACUACAAAUUUCUCUUGUGGUUCGUCUUGACUCGUGUAAAUUGGUUCAGCUCCGACUCUGGCCAUGGUUGAAGGAACGUGAUCAGUUUUCUUUACAUUUACUUUUGCUUUUGUCGGGUUUGGUUCGAUGCUUGUUUUGGUUUUUAUCUGUAUAUUUCCUAUCGUUUUAAAGUUACAAGCUACGUCGUCAAAGGUACUCACAUUUGCGUUAUUCUCUGAACAUAUCUAAUACAUACUUAAAAGAAAAAUGUAAAUUACAAGGGGAAAGAAGGAAAAUUAAAUCAACAUUAUUUUCUGUAUUCUUAUCUUAUGGUACAAUCAAAAUGAAAAAUAAUUAUUAGGACACAGGUUUCAACGCAAAUAUUAAAAAACCCUUCCAUACAUAACUCCAUGUCCAUGUUGCCGUGUGGAAAAGCCUGGAGGCUUAAGAGCGAGAUUGCAUCAGCAUUUGAUCGAAAAUUGGCUCGUCGCAUAUCGGGCCCUUGUAGUGUGUACCUCUAGGGAGUGGUAUUUGAAGUAACAAAUAUUUCAGACGGUCUCUUCUUUUCUUCGAUUGCUUACAAUGGCAAUAUUAAAACAAUGAUAUAAGAUGUACCCAGCACGUUGACGCAUGUGCAAUCUUUAAUAUGAAGAGGCUGCCGACUGUUUUCUGCUUAGGUUGCUGAUACACUGUGUAUCUUUCUUAAGAAAGUCAAAAAAAGUGCGUGAUUUUCUGACAAGAUUCCUUUGUCUGCAGAGCCAAGUGGUCCACCAGAAAAAGUCACAUUAGUUGAUGCGACAUCUACAAGUAUGAAAGUAACGUGGACUCCCGUCAAGGUUGAGGAUCGAAAUGGAAUCAUCAAGGGAUACAAAGUAAUUUAUCGAGCAUUACCAAACGGAGAUAACGACACAAAAGUCGUCAAUAUUACCAUUGAGAGUCAGGACACUGGAAUAACACUGCCGUUAGUGAGACUGAAUGAGUUUACAAACUACAGCAUUAGAGUUUUAGCUUUUACUACAAUCGGAGAUGGUCCGUCAAGUGUUGCCGAGGUCAAGCAAACACUACAAGACAGUAAGUUAUGACUAACUUUAUUUUUCUGAAUUCAAUAGCGUUAGCUAAUAAUGAGUUCUAGGGAUACUUUCCCGGCUUUUUCUAUUUGAACUAAACCAACUGUAUUUUUAUAACUUUCAUUUACAUCCCCAUCUCCCUCAUGUUGAUGUUGCCAAGUGUUACAAAAUGGUGACACAUUUUAGGUUCCAUGCUGUUGAGUAGAGGGGGUUGUCGACCGGUCAUUGUAGCCCUUUCAUCUAAAUAUCCCAUCAAUAGCUGUAUGAGAAACAAAACAUCACAUGCCUGCUUGUAAAUACAAAUUUAUUUAAUAUCAAUCCUGAAGGUAAAAUGCGUAUCCUCACGUGAUCAUGAGAUAUCUUCUCUAUGUACUCAGCGUCAUUCUAGUGAUAUCACAUUUUGAAAAUAGAAAUCAACAUUUUUUUUAAUCUUGUUUUCAGAGCCCGGUGGUCCUCCUCAGAAUGUUGAUGUAAACAGUACGACAUCAACAAGCAUUCUUGUCAUGUGGGAUGAUGUUUCUCUGGAGCUACAGAAUGGUAAAAUUAUUAGUUACAACGUGAGCUAUCAGGCAAUACCAGAAGCUGGAUCUGCUGGGCCUAUUAAUUCGACAAUAGUUAAGGCUCCGACAAGGCAGGUAAACCUGACCGGCCUAACAAAGGAUAUGCAUUAUAACAUCAGUGUUUUGGCGUCCACAAUCAAAGGAGACGGGAUUUACAGCCACCCACAAACGUUUAGAACAAACGAAGACAGUAAGUUCGUAUUUUACAAUUAUGCGACCUUUGAAAGUAAACUCACGCGAUAUAGAUUUCUGCUAAUGAUUAGAAUGUUUGCCAUCACCAACGCGAUCGGGUCCACUUACUUAAUAAAACGGGUCAGCGAUAAAGUAAAUUAAUAACAAAAAACAUCACGAAUAACAGAGCUAUUUGGCGACGAUUUCGCAUCUAGCCAAACUCUUAUUGUCCAGUUUCCACAAAAUAUUUCCGAAGUCACUUAUACGGACCGUUGUUUGGCGAUCAAAUGUACUGGACAGGCUUUCCUGUGACAUCUUUCAAGCAGGUCUGUGGAAUAAUCUUUCUGCCGCGUGGGACCAAAAGCAAAAAACUGGCUUCUUAGUUAAGAAAUUUCGAUAAAAUCUGUUUUUUGUGACCCGUAUUUCUAGAGGUGAACAUGCUUUUAGUUCUAUCGCUAUAAAUCUAUCGGAAGCAUUUACUAUUACAUUUUCCGUUUUUGCUUAGGGCCCGGUGCACCUCCUCAGAAUUUAACUGGUUAUAACAUCAGUUCGACCAGCAUUAGAGUUGCAUGGAAUGAGGUGCCGAAGGACAAACAGCACGGUGAUAUCAAAUACUAUACUAUCAUGUACAAGAACACGACAAAUCUCACCCACGAGCUCGAACUAAUUACAAAGAUAACUGGAAAGUUUUAUGAAUUAGAGAAUCUUACUAAGUACACAUUUUACGACAUCAAGGUUUCAGCUGCUACACGUGUAGGGAGUGGACCAGCAAGUAAACCCAUCAAAGUCCGAACAGACGAAGACAGUAAGUGGAAAUUCCUUUAUUUCCUCAAUCUAAACACAGAAAAAGAAUUUUAAGAACAGUGCGUCUGCCCCCACCUUUUUUAUUUUUUUUCAUUCAUUCAUUCAUUCAUUCACUCACUCACUCACUCCCUCCCUCCCUCCCUCCCUCCCUCCCUCCCUCCCUCCCUCCCUCCCUCCCCCCCUCCCUCCCUCCCUCCCUCCCUCCCUCCCUCCCUCCCUCCCUCCCUCCCUCGCUCAGUCACUUUAUCAUGUCCUGCUGAUCUUCUUUUAAUCUCAUGGUGAAUAUAUGUAUUAUAUAUGCAACAGCUCAGAGAAGGGUAAGUCCACAUGUGUACUUAAUUUGAAUUAAUCAUUCUUCAUAUUUCUUCUUCUUUGAUUAGAGCCGACUGGAGUUCCUCAGAAUUUACAAGGUGAUGUUACCAGUUCGACCAGCAUUAGAGUCGAAUGGGAUGAGGUUCCGAAAGACGAACAGCACGGUGUAAUCAUUCGGUAUACUGUCAUGUACAAAGGGUCAGUAGAGAGUAGUUACGAAUCAAGGGAAGUCACGUCCAAAUCUGUUGAGUUAACAGGACUUACCAAGUACACGUACUACGACAUCAAGGUUAUAGCAGCUACAAGUAAAGGGAAUGGACCAGAAAGUCCACUUAUCCAAAGGCAAACAGACCAAGACGGUAAGUAACAUAGGAGCCCAAAAGCCCAAAAAAAGACUAGUAACUACGAUGUGUCAAUUGGUCUGUCUGAUUUGUGUGAUCGAUCUUUUGUUCAUAGGUUAUCAAUUUUCUUUCCUUUUUUUGUUUUUGUUUUUUGUUUUUUGUUUUUUGUUUUUUGUUUUUUGUUUUUUUUUUUCAAGGACUGCUGACCUAGACGGUGUAUCCAUAGUCAACCAAUUUGUAGUUGGUUCCCUAAUCUUAAGCUCUCUGCUAUUAUUUAGCCCUAUCGUUUUGGUGGAAACUCAGAAUUACAUACUUAAGUGUGGGACACUGGACAAAAAAGGAUAAUCUGCCCUCACAGUUAUUCCGCAAUUCCUUCGAAUUCUGUGAAAUCACAUAAAGUCCCUUUUUCUUCAAAAGUAAACUUCAUUGACAAUCUCAGCUACGUUUGAUGGAAACAAAGCGAUGUUUUCCUUUUCUUUUUCGUGGCAGUGUGGAUUUGCUCUUUUUGCCACUAUUUUGAUUUACUGUAUGAAAAUAACCCACAACUCUGGAUAUGUUUCAAAACUAGGAAUAAUAACCGGUGAUUUAAAACUGUUAUUUGUUGCAGAACCUGAGAAACCUCCCCAAUCAGUCACCGUAACGACAUUAGACAGCAGUAGAAUCCAAGUGACGUGGGAACCGGUUCCUAAAGAUUUCCAGCAUGGUAUUAUAACGGAGUACGUCAUACUUUACAAUUAUUCCGGUGAAGGAAAAAUAUCAGAACACAAGGUAUUAGGAAAUGUUAGCGAAGUGGUUGUUGGAGGACUCAAGCAAUCUACUGAAUACACAAUCCGAGUUCUGGCUGCAACCGUGAAGGGAAGGGGUCCAGCAAGUAGUCCUAAAUCUGCUACAACCGAGGGUAAGGAAGCAAUUUAAAUGGUUUCAAGUGGUAAUUUAGAUAAGCGUAAAUCUGUCAGGUCACAACGAUAUAAAGCAACGAACUGAAUUACACAUUAAGAAGGAAUCGUCUAGUUAGUUGGUCAUUCAAGACGGCUGUGAGGCAGCAAUUUUCUUCAGAAAUGAAUAAAGAACGGCACUAGACAAGUGGAUUACUUGUCUGAUUUGUGCCUGGGAUCAUUUUUAAAAGUUGUGUACACCAUUAUUUGGGUUGAUCACUUUUCUUUUUUUUUUUUUUUACGUUCGUGCUAUUUUUAUCAGAUAAUUUUGGAAGCAAUAAAGGGAUGGUGUAGGGUAGAAAUUAAUUUUCGCAAUGACUAUGCUUUAAAGUGGCAAAAUCAUUAAAGUGAUAUGAAAUUACUUGCACGAGAGCCCCUCGCUUCAUCUUAAAUAGUGCAGAGAUAUGACUUGAAUCAAAAAGGUGACCGAUUUAGGUAUGAACAUUAAUUAUGCGUGCACAAUGGCCGAUCAAUGAAAGUGUAAAUGUUAAAUUGUACUUGAUGUUUGGGAAAAAAAAAAAGGAAGAAAGGAAAAAGGUCAUCUUCUUUAAGCUUAUUUUGUUUUUCUUUUGUUUGCAUCGUGAUAUUUACUUUUUGCCUGCCUUGGGGUCACCAUGAAAUUUCACUCAAUAACAAGGCAAAUUUAUUGCUAGAAAAAUUUGCUUUUUGUUAAAUAUUUCUCAGAAGAGAUGCAAAGCCUCCAGCUUCUGCUAUAACGUAAUACGUUUUCUUUUCACCUUGCAAUCACUUGUCUUCUUUUUCACCAUGUUAGAUCCACCAAAGCCGCCAGAACCGGACGAAGGCGACGUUGGAAAAACGGAAGUGAACAUACCGUUUGUACCGAAACAGGAAUUGAGUGACGGUGCCCCAGUCACGUCAGUUUUCUCCUUUUUUUUUUCUUUUUUUGUUUUUUUCUGUUUAGUUUUCGUAGCCUAAUCUCUGGAAGGGAAGUGACCAAGGUUGGUCGUAACCCAUACCCUCAGGGUGGUUUCUGCCCUGGUGCUAAUUUCCCUGGAGUUUUUUAGAACUUACUUUUUUCAGGAAAGUGAGGUGUCGGAUGAUUCUUUCUUUGCCAAAGCCAAUUCACUUAGGUUGUCUCCUUAAGAAACCCCUUACCUGGCUUUAAGAAGUUCCUCCUAAAUAAAAAUUGUGUUUUCUGAAUUUUUCAUUUUUAGUAAGUAUCAAGUGAUAGUCAUGGAACUUACAGAUGGACAAGAUCAAGGGAAAUCGUCAGAUUCAAAAUAUGCUAAAGUCACCAGAAAAUAUGAAGAUCGAAAGGCAGGGGAACCAUACGUUACGGCUGAAUUUGCAAACAAUAACGAGAAGAGGACAUCAUUUCCUGUUGGAGACGGGAAGUACUACUCUUUGGAAGGUGUUACUGACGCCAAAAGGAAGCGCAGAGAGGGUGGGUCAAUCGACUUGACUUCUCAUAAUCAAUCUGAUAUGACAUUUGAAUUGAUCUUAUACAUGCGAAAAAAAAUGAAAAAAUUCAACCUCUCUGAAUUACUUGAAUUGCGUUACGGCUUCAAUGCCUUGGGUGUAUGCAACUUGUAGCAGAAGGGGUCUUCUUUGUAAUUUAAUUGAUAUCGUUUAUGUUGGAUUUUUAAAAUUAUUAUUAUUAUUAUUAUUAUUAUUAUUAUUAUUAUUAUUAUUUUAACUCGCGUUCAUACAGCACUGUGGUUAGCCUCAGCAAAGGGUUGCUUAAGGAUAUGCGUUCAGAGAAAGUUUCAGACUAAAUCAUUGAAUGAUGCUUUUAGUGGUACAAAAAAAAUUGGUCAGUGUCAUAAAGAAGCUAUCUCGACACUCACUUAGGAAAUGAAAGCCCAGGCAUAUCGUCAAACGUUUGGCUUUACAGUCCAUGGUUCAGAGGCCAAACUUAGCACAAAAAACGUUGAGAUUACUGUAGUAAAAAUUGCGAUGAUAUAUUUUUAUCUUUUUAUUUAUUUACUCAUUUAUUUAUUCACCCAUUAUGGAAAAAAAUGUCGAUAGGGUUAUAGAGAAAAUUUAUGUCGAUUUGUGGUGAGAUCCAUUCAUUGAAAGCACGGCCUUAGUAUGUACUAUGAUACCGAGGUAGGACGCAACUAUAACACUUGAAUUCCGGAAGAAAGUGAAGAAGACCAAGUAAUGCUCUUUAAUAGUGCGCAUGCGACAAAUGUUAUCGUGAACUCUUGAACACCGAGACGUGACAAAGAUGUAAAUUGUCCUUACAACAUUACACAUUGGUGAAAAAAGAGGUGAUAACGAUGAAAAAAAUUGUCGCCUUGAAGAUAAAACGGAUCAGGUCUUAGAAAUCUGAGCGAUAUAGAAAGAAAAGAGGACGCGGCUUUACCUAAUUUAUGCAAUUGGAUUCUUAUGGAAUACUAAGUAAGCGUCAUUAAAAAUGAAUGAAUAAUAUUAUGACAUGAAACUUGAGCUCCUAAAGAGUGAUUUAACUUCUCGAAAGUUACCUUCAAAUGUUCAAAAAAAUUGAAAGAAAUCAUUUGUGGAGUUAGUUGCCACUCUGAAUUUGGCACAGCAACCUUGUCGCUUCCCUCUGCUCUCUCCCCCCUCCCGUUCUUUUUUUUUUCUUCUUCUUUUUUUCCCAUUUUUCCAAAUAAUUAGAGUCAGACAAGAGGUAUUUUGACUCUUUUAACCAAGCUUUCUUGUUUUUCUUUUAGUCGUGGAAAAGUUUCUCAAUGGCAAGCUCGACGAUGGAGCUAAGUACGUUGCAUUUCAGCGGUCGUUCGACAAAGAGGGUGAUUAUGAGAGUGAAGGAUUCGUUGACUUUGAAACCAACAAGGACCACACAGUUACAAUCGUGGUAGUGGUUGUUCUAAUUGUUGUCAUAACUGCAUGUAUAGCAGUGGGAAUUUUCGUCUAUCGUCGACGACAAAGCAGCCCUCGCAAUGGCGAGGAAGAGAUGGCCCUGAGACCUCAAAGACGUGGAAGAACUCUAUCACAAAAAAAUCCUUGGUCGUGCAUCAGGAGCCUUCGGUAAGAAUUUCUAGAAAAAUUUUCUUCCAAAAACUAAGUUGCCGCACUUGUGGUUGCAGUGAAGUAAAAAAAAACCAAAGUUACCAAAACGGCUCAUUGGGGGAAGGAAAAUUAUGGGGAGCCAAAGAGAUUUCAGUGCAAAAAUGUGGGCGACCAUAUAGCAAGUGGUUUCCUUCAUCCGAUUGGUUGAGAGAGUGACAAGGGUUUGAUCUCAGAGAGUAGUAAAGGAAAACCACUACAAUACUGGAUACCCAAUUGAUGAUAGCUCAAUUGAGAAAAUGACAGUUGUUUCUUCAAUCCACAGACAACCCCGCCCACAAUCCUGGGGAAGCAGUGCCAGUGGAGGAAUUUGA